AUGGGGGUCAGAUUUUUCGUGGUGGAGGACCACGUCCUGCACACCACGCGGGGGCUGCUGAGCCGCGCCUACAUCGAGCAGCUGUGGGACAUGGCCCUGUCCAAAACCACCGCCGCCCUCCGCACCCACUCCUCCUACUGCUCUGACCCCAGCCUGGUCUUGGACCUCAAGAACCUCAUCGUGCUCUUCGCCGACACGCUGCAGGGCUACGGCUUCCCCGUGAACCAGCUCUUCGAGAUGCUGCUGGAGAUCCAGGACCAGUACAGCGAGACCCUGCUGAAGAAAUGGGCUGGGGUCUUCAGAAAUAUCCUUGACUCAGAUAACUACAGCCCCAUCCCGGUGCCAGAUGAAGAAGUUUAUAAGAAAAUCGUUGGGCAGUUCCCAUUCCAGGAUGCUGAACUUGAAAAGCAACCCUUCCCAAAGAAGUUCCCCUUCUCAGAGUUUGUGCCCAAGGUUUACAGCCAGAUCAAGGAGUUCAUCUACGCCUGCCUCAAGUUCUCUGAGGACCUGCACCUCAGCUCCACAGAAGUCGAUGACAUGAUCAGAAAAUCCACAAAUCUGCUGCUGACCAGGACCCUGAGCAACUGUUUACAGAACGUCAUCAAGAGGAAAAACGUGGGGCUGACAGAGCUGGUGCAGAUCAUCAUCAACACCACCCACCUGGAGAAAUCCUGCCGGUUCCUGGAGGAGUUCAUCACCAACAUCACCAACGUCCUGCCCGACACCGUCCACACCACCAAACUCUACGGCACCACCACCUUCAAGGACGCCCGGCACGCCGCCGAGGAGGAGAUCUACACCAACCUGAACCAGAAGAUCGACCAGUUCCUGCAGCUGGCCGACUACGACUGGCUGGCC